GCGGAGUCAUCUGAUAGAUGUGUAGCAGCCAGCCUGAGUGCGAGUGCAACAAGGAUCUCCUUCCGCUGUCCGUAUGUGCAGAGAGCAGUCUGAUAUCGCUGGGAGGAAAAUGUCGUGUGGGCUGUGGAAAGAGACCCUGGCUCUGGCAGAGGACUACCUGUCCCUGAGCUGCACGAGCCCCCGGCCAGCCCCCCCGCCUCCCAGCGAGUCAGCCGCUGCCAUGAGGUGCCUGGCCCGGGACAUGGAGGCGCAGCACCAGGCCCGCUUCCACUCCCUCGCUCAGAGCUUCCUCAGGCAGUGUGGGCCGGACCCCUGCUCCAGCCUCAGGAAGGUGAUAGAGGAGCUGGUGGGAGAUGGACACUUGAACUGGGGGAGGGUUGUUUCCCUUUUCACCUUCACCGGGGUGCUGGCCAGACAGCUGCAGGAGCAGAAGGGUGUGAAGCUGGGGCAGGAGCCAGGACCGGAGCCAGGACCGGAGCCUGGGAGCUUCAGAGGGCUGGCAGAGACCAUCGCUGACUACCUGGGGGAGGAGAAGAAGGACUGGAUGCUGGAGAACGACGGAUGGGAGGGGUUCUGCUCGUUCUCCCGCACGGCCAGAGGGGUGAGCCAGGACUCGUCCAUGAAGACGGCGCUGAUGGCCGCCGCUGGGGUCGGCCUCGCCGGACUCACCUUCCUCCUGGUGCGCUAAGCUAGCCUUCGUCAUCAUUAACACGUCUCCAUCCAUGUUCUCAUAUGGCACAGUUCAGCAGACGAACAUCGAUGCUGCAAACACAGGCCUAAUCUGUAGUGAAUUCAGGGUUAUAAUCUCAAGUCAUCAACUGAAUGUUUGCACAUGCUCACACCCCACAGACGCAUCAAUACUGACAUUUGCUCCUUAAGAUUGUAAACAUAAUCUCAAUGCCUUCAGAGAAGUUGGAGUAAGUGGCAUUUAGCUUGCAUAUCUUUAGACAGUUUAAUUACUUAAGCACAGGUUUCUGCACAGAAUCGUCGUUGCGCUCAAUGUUUUGUAUUUUCGACUGUGCAGCUAUAAGACUUUCAUUUCAGUUAUUCCCACAGCUUUUGGUUUUGAUUUGUUCAAUUGUAAGCUGCCUUUUUUUAUUCAUGCGUUUACCUGAGUUGUGUACGUGGUAUAGAGCGAUUCUUGUGUACAAUGUAUAAAUUAAUAUAUUAUAUUUAUAUGAAAUGAAACUGUAAGCAGGGGCCCUUUUUUUUCUAUCUGACCCGCAGCUAACUCAGUUGUUUCAUUGUUCUCAUGCGUGUCCUGCAUCCAUGUGAAAUGUGAUUUACAACAAAACGGUGCUACGAUAUGUUGUGAGUUGUUUCUCAUAUCAAACAAACCAGGGACCAAUCUGACUUCAAACAUAUUGCUAUUAAAACAAACCGUUGCUAUAGCAUUUCCCCCCCUACAGAUCUCUUAAACAUUAUAUUUUUACAUUGUUUUGGUCUAUUUAUUUGUCACUGUUUUUUUUUAUAAUAAAAAAAGAACCAAUAAUGGAGUUUGUGAUUCUUGUGUGUGCAGAAAAGUCUUUCUUUCUUUCUUUCAGUGUGUCCUCUUUCAGCAGGUCCGCACAGUAGGAAUAUGAAAUGGUCUGCCCUCCUUUUUAUAUGCAGACAUAUUUCCAUAAAUAAGAUAUGUCCUCCUGUCUGCCUCUGUGCUCCUCUGACCAGCGCUCUGCUCAAGUUACGCAACAGGAUUCAAGAAACAUACUUACGCUCAAAAUGUGACAUUGGUUUGUCAUUUGAGAAAAAAGGAUCUAAUUUGUUUCUUUCGAAUUAAAAACCUGUGCAGAAAACGAGAAUUAAAGGACAGGUUUGCCACUAAAUUAGCCAUUAAACAUCUUUUGAAAAAUUCUGACAAUGUAUUUAAGUUAAUGGACUGCAUUUAUAGAAUGUGUUAAGGCUGUAUAUUGAUAUAACACUAGUUUAUUUGACGUGCUUAUACAUGUAUAGUAAUCCAACAUUAACACAUGUUACUGAUCUUAACGUUAUAUGUACACACAUUGGCUUAAUGGCCUUAUAACCUUAUAUUGCUUAAUAUAAGGACCUUUAUACAGAAAUGUCAACAAAAAAUGAGAUAGGAAAAGUUACGGCUUGUCAACAUUGAUUUAUAUAAACUGACUGUACAACAAACAAUCCCUAAAAAAAGGAAUACAGAUUAGAAAGACAUUUAACUAAGAGGAGACGACCUCACAAACUUGAUGAUUACAAAUGAGGUGUGUGUGUGAGAGAAACUGCAAUGAGGUCGUUGUGCCUGCAUCUCUGACUUCUCAUAAGCAGACAAAGAGCCUAUGUGUGGGUCUUUACAAUCAGUUAGAGCGCUAAAAAUGAUCCCCCCCCCACACACACACCAACUAUUGUCUCCAUUACGAUCACAACACAUAGUACAGAUAACAUUGUUUGUGAAAAAAGAGAACCACGGCAGCUUCUGAUGUGGAGAUGAGUUUCCUGUUGACAGUUGUUACUCUACCACGCAGUAAAACCCCAACACCAGUGUUGCAAACAGCAGACAAAUCUCUUGUUAUUAUCUGUGUAUUUUAUGGAUUAUAUAGUGAAGAGAUUACAUGGGCAGAAGUCCUCUAUUACUACUUUCAAAAUCAAUCUAGAGGGCUUAAAGAGCCAAAAUAGAUGUUCCUUUCAUUGUUACAUUGACAGUAAACACAAAGAACAAUGGCUCCCUUUGAAGGAUAACGCGGUUAAUAAAUCGCAUGAAAAGCCAACAGCGAAUUAAUCCUAUUAACAAGUAUUCUGUGCAUCCAAAGCGUGAUAUAGCUUUGAUAUUUCUGCGUUUCAUACAUUUCCUUAUCCUGAUGGUCACUGUGUUUUUUUUCUUUAGUCUAUGACACAUGCUGCUCUGCUGCCACAAAUACUCAAUAGAAACCAAAACUGUGGCUGAAAAAACCCCCGACAGAUUCACAGUCUGCCCCUAAUGUGUGCUAAAAUAAAAACAGUGCACAGCUGUUUUAGGAAAUUAUAAUAUAGUAUAAUAAGAUUAACUUUUUUCACAUGCCAGCUGGGAAAUGUGUUUUUCCUAUUGGUUAGCCUUUUUUUUUUUUUAAGUAGUUAUAUAGAACCAUGACCCGUUUUUAAAGAUUUAUGUUUUCAAUAGGAAGCAAUAAGCUUAAGGCUACAGACAGGCCGGAGAAGGACCCUGUGAGGGGAGUGAGCGGCGUGUUCAACUCUGUGACCUCCACUCACCGACACAACAACAAACACACAGCUGCUCCUCUUAUCACCGCUCAAUAUGUUCACACAGAUACAUAACCACUGAAAAAAACAUGAAUAUUCCUGUAUUUCUGAUUGUUUAAGCAAGUUCUCAAAUAUGAAAGGUACUGUUUACUUAUAUAAAAUGCUAUUAUAAGAUGAUUUUUUCAAAAAAUAAGAUUAUAUUACAUUCAAAUAUUAUACUUUUACUUCACUACUACUUUUAUUUGACACCUAGUUAUUGUUACUUUGCAGAUUUAAAAGGACACACCUAUCAUGAGCAUUUACAGACUUUUUCACGAAUAAAUAUCACCAAAAAACAAAAAUGUGUUACUUAUUAUUAUUAUUUGUAUGUAUUAAAUAAAUGUUUGUAGUUUCAUGUUUAUAUAUUCAUAUGAUGCAUUAUUUUAAUAAAUAAACUACUACGUGCUCAUUUCUAUUAUUUUCCAGAACAGAGAUCUAAACAUCGGAUAAAGUCAGGUUGGAAAUGUCAGGGUAUUAUUUGUUCUCAUAUCAAUCAUAUUAACACUAUAUUGACAUAUUAAAUGUGUAUUAAAAAGGGAAUUUGUGAUAUAUAAUAUAUACAUUUAUAUUUGUAAAUAGGCUACAUCCUUGUCCAAUGCUAAUGUUUCUGGAAUUUUGGAGAAAUCUUCAAAUGCAAAUGGAAAACAGUUUUUUUUUUGUGUAUUUUUAGAAGUUUUCAUUCACUUAAGGUAAAAUAAGACGUGAUAUAUAGAAGCUAAACAGCCCAGACUCCAGAUUGACCGGUGUACAAAUAAUUCAUGUUUUAGCAGGAAGCUGUGUUUCCGCCCCAUGUUGAUUUAUCAGAUAGGCUUAUUGAUAUUGAUUUCAUCUGGUGAUAACAGAAGGACGAGGAGGAAGUCAAUCACCAUUGACGGGGAAGAUGGUAUCAGACACACAGCCGGCUGUGAUCACCACAGAGAGAAAUUUGACUGAAGUCAGGCGUUACUUUGCCAAAACAACUCGGCACUUCCAUAAGUAAAAGUCAUCAUUGGUUGUUCAGUGAUGCUUUAUUGCAUUUCAGAGAAUUAGCGUGGUUUGAAUUUAUUACAAAUUAAAUUACAAAAGCAUAACAAUACUUUAAGUUGUUUUCAAAAGUUCAAAUAUGUUCGAGUCAAAGUCAUUUUUGCUACGCUAAUACAAUUGCUACAGUAACAAGAAAUAGCAGAUUUAGUACUAGGGCAUAUUUUGCAAAUUCGAUCUGAAGAGAAGAGUUUGUAUUCAUCAUGAUUUCAGAUUUAGUUCUAAUCAA